AUGACCCCGGAGAAGCCGCCGCUGAAUACGAAUCAGUCUUCACAAAUGCCAGGAGGAGCACCGCCGCAGGGCCACUUUACAGGUGCCGGAGCGACUACGCAGGAUGAUACUGGGACUUUCAAUGGCGGAAGCUAUCGAAUAAGUCAUAGAAACACCAAUACCAUCCUAACGCUUCAAUUAGCUAUGGGUUGUCCUUUGCACGCAAAGCCAGGAAUCAUGAUCGCAAUGUCCCCUACCAUAACCCUCAAAGGCGCCGUCAAAUUCUCCAUGAAGAAGCUCGUCGCCGGCGGCGAGAUAAUGACAUCCACCUACACCGGCCCCGGCGAACUCCUCUUCUCUCCUCCCUUUCUCGGAGACAUCACCACCUUACGUCUUACAGGCAAAGAACAAUGGAAUGUAGGCAAGGACGCCUUCAUGGCUGCUACGCAGGGUAUUGUGAAGGAGUUGAAGAACCAGGGGUUUAGCAAAGCUAUGUUUUCAGGGGAGGGACUUUUUGUCUAUAAGAUGAGUGGGACAGGGAUCUUAUGGUUGGCGAGUUUUGGUGCUAUUAUUAGGAAAGAUCUCGUUGAAGGCGAGAAAUACAUCAUCGACAACGGCCACCUCGUAGCCUGGAACUGCAAGUACGUGAUGGAGCGCGUAGCAAGCGGAGGUAUCAUCUCCGGCAUCAGCAGCGGAGAAGGGUUGGUCUGCAAGUUUUCAGGGCCGGGGACUGUAUUCAUGCAGACAAGGAAUCCGAAGGAGUUUGCAGCAUGGAUGGGAGCACAUGCUGCUAAUGCUUGA